GGCUAUUUUCACCGUCAGUUGCCAACAAUUGUAGGAAAUACUAGAACAUGGCAUUAAGAGCCACCGUACUUCGCCACAUCCGGCUUCCCGUUCAAACCCUAACGGCGAUCGGAUCAAGGCCUCAGCCCCAAUGGAGUUUCCUCCGGUUAUUCUCAUCGCACGACGAUCACCUUACUAAAGAAGAAGUAAUCGACAGAGUCCUCGACGUUGUCAAAAGCUUCCCCAAAGUCGACCGUUCACAGGUGACUCCCGAUGUUCAUUUCCAGAAAUAUUUGGGGUUAGACAGCUUGGACAAUGUGGAGAUUGUCAUGGCUCUAGAGGAAGAGUUCAAGCUGGAAAUUCCGGACAAGGAGGCUGACAAAAUUGACUCAUGCAAUCUUGCUAUCGAGUACAUAUAUAACCAUCCAAUGGCUGGUUAGUAACAAGGGUGUUUCUUGUUUGAAUUUCAGUUGGGAAGAAGGAUGACAUAUUCUGCUCUGUUUUUGUUCAAGAUUUUAGGCGUUUGUAUGAAUUCACUCUGCAUAACGAGGUUAAGACUGAUGACCUGAACUUGUUUAUACACCAAA